UGAGUUUGGAGUUGAACAAUAAAUCAGAGUUGCAUAUCACACACAGAAGUAACAGGAGCAGAUUCAUCACAUACAACAUGUUUCUUUGCUUUCUUGUUUUUUCCCUGUGUGCAAGCACAGUGAAAUGCGCGAGUACUAGUUCACCCACAACUACAAACCUGAUGAGCACAACUUCGACGGAAGCACCAACAACAAUAGCGACAACAAUACCACUGGAUUGCCUGCAUCUUGUGGCCACACCAGACUACCCAGUUGCUGCAGGUCUAACAGUUGAGCUACGUUGUCAAACAAUAAUCCCACUACAAAACAUUAUCUGGUCCAGGUACCAUCUUCAAAAUCAGAGCUGGGAAAAUGUGGGUUUGGGUCACGUACUGCUCCUCACCGAGCCCAAACAAACUGGGAUGUACAGAUGUGAAAUCCGCAUUGGGAAUGUGGAGCGCGUGAGCCAGAUUCACGCUGUGUACAUCGUCUCCAUAUCAACAACAGGAGAGAAGUUAGGAAAAGCAGCCUUUGCCUUUACUAUCUUGAUCUUGAUUGGCAUCAUCGCCGGUCUGGGUUGGUUCUUUUGGGAAAGAUCUGGCAACAAACUAAGCGCUUUGGAUGCUCCAAAGAAAGAUGUCCCGCCACCACCUGAAGUGAUCCCAAAGAAUUUGCCACAGACAAGUGAUGCUGAUGUUGAUGUCUACAUGAACUAUACAAGCAAUACUGAACCCUACACUGACCUCAACCCUUCCAACCUCGCAAGGGACGAUUUCUACUCCACUCUGUCAUAACUGAUGAUGUGAGUGGGUGUGGAGUCAAAUAAUUGUUUGGUUGCUAUGGUGAUCUCUGCAAUGCUGUCUGAACUUCCGUGUUUUAUGGUUUCAGUUAGAUUUAAUCUACUUUUACAAAUUUUUUUGCAAUGUCAACGUGGUGAAAGCCUUCUUUGUCAAAAAUGUUUUUGUGAUUUUUUCUUUAUCUUUAUUUUCUUUCUUCUUUAUUUGUAAGCUGUGCAGUUAUCUUCAAACUAUCUGUGUUUGACUUGUUUAAGAAAUAUCUUUAAUUUAGCUCUAAAUAUUACAAAAUAGCACAUUACACAACGAUUUAAAAAAAAAACGUUUUAGGUUAAUGUUUUUGUAUGUUAGUUUUUUUUAAGGUCUAUAUCUUUUGGGAUUUGGGCCAGAAAAACUCUGCACAAACCUUUAAGUACUACGAUUUCACGGACUUAAAUACAUAGGGCUAAGUGGUGCCACAGUGUGAAGUAAUUACAAUCAAUCUUGAGCAGUACAGCCUGAAAAACAGUUGCUUCUUUCAGAUUUCCUCUGUUUUUGCUUCUUUUUUUCACACGUACAUGUAACAGUUUGGGUAAUUUUAAGACGUCAGGUAAAAUAAUUUUCCUCUCAGGUAAACGGUUUCCAAACGGUGAUUUCAUUUAUUAAAGGUCACCUCCUUAAUACAGA